CUUUCUGUAUUUCGUACCUUGGGUUCGAUUUGGAUUUGGGUAGAUGGCUGGGGCAAUGGUGGUGGUAGAUUCACCAUGCCUUUCCCUCACAGCUCCUGCAGCUUCUCUUCCAUCCCUUGCAAUUCGCAGGCACCACCCGAUUGCAGGAGAUCCUGUCAUUUGCAACUUGGUACUGUGAAUUAUGGCAGACCACUUUUCUGUUCAUAAAAAAUACUGUCUCUGCCUCUUUCACACAGAUGUACAUACACAAGUAUAUCGCUCCAAAAUAGAUGCGAUGGAGUGGGGCUUCUAUAUUUCAAUUCAAGAAAAUUUCUUACAUGAGGAUGAGGCUGGGAAGGUUCAAAAUACAAAAUUUGUAGCAUUGCUACAAGAUCAAAACAAUAAAGCAAAUAUUAUUGGGGUCUGUAAGGAAGAAUUGAAACUGACCUUGUCACAAAAUGCUCGAAAGCCUGCAUUUGUGGAACCAAAAGCAGGUUUGUCAAGGCAAAAUUCCUUUUUCAAUGUACCUGUUCUGGUUGAUAAUCAAGAAACCAGCAAUGACUUGGUCGCAUUCAUGUUUAGAAUGGCUCAGCAGCCUUUGCAAUAUGAAAAGAUAAUACAGUUUCUUAUUUCUGGAAGCAACAGAAGGCUUGAUGAGAUGAUGGAUAUCUCUUUGAUUUCUGACUUGAUGGGUAUUCAAUGUUUAGCUGUCAAGGAUAAUGAAUGUUGCUUUCCUUCAAAUAUUUUACUUUAUGGCUAUGAAAACAUUGCACCUGAUGAGUUUAGAAAAGACAUGAUGAAGUUCAGGGACUGUUUUCAGACACAUCAGAAAUUACGUGGCUACAGCAGAAAAUACACCCAAUAUAAAGAAUCAAUACCUCAGUUCCUUCAAAGCAGUGUAGCUGUCAUGGGUCAGGUAGAGCCAGAGGCACAUGUUUUGUUGUUCCCAAGCACUAAGAACAAGAAGCAAGAUUCAGUUGCACAUGUCAGUGAAAAUUUAGCAAACAAUCAAAUUAAACUGGAUAAGCAGUUUGCAUUUGUGCCCCAUUUUGAAAACUCUUUGCUUGACAUACCUUCGAUCAAGUAUGAAGAAAAAUCACCUGAGAAUUUAUAUGGCACUACUAAGUUCGAUGAACAAAAGGUCCCUUUAUCCGGUACUAUGCAAAAGGUGAAGUCUUCAGUUUCAAGUCCAGCAAAGCUCAAGCCAAAACGCCAUGCAAGAAAAAAGAAUAAAAAAUUGGUCAAACAGCAACGGGAUAUCUUCCAGAAAAGUCAGUUUCAACAUUAUGAAUACAUGCUCUCAAUGCUUUUCAACAACGACUCUGCAAAGUCAAGUGUCUUACAACUUAAAAAAAUCAAUCAAAAGGAAUUCACAAUGCUGCUUAAUCAAAUCUCUGUUGGACUUACUGGAAGUGGACUUGGAAUCACACUGUUUGUUGCUUCAAGGAUGUUGGUUGUUAAUGCAUUUGACAGUAGAAGGCUCAUGAAUAUAAUGUUUGGGAUUGGACUUUUAUGGCUCUCAGCUGGAGUUCAAAAUUUAAGAGAGGUGGUUUUAUCCAUAACCAGACUUAGUGACAAAUUUAAGCCGAAAGAGCGAAAAAUUGUCUCUAGGCUGAAAAGGGAGUUAACUAGUGUCUUUUUCAAGGCUUUUACAUUAAUAGCCUUCUCACUAGCGAGAUUUGUGUAAAUGUACCUUAUACAGCUAUCGAUACAGGAGAAAUGGUUAAAUUCCCUAGGCUUUCAGUUUCCUUUUAUGUUUCCCUUAUGUAACAUAUUGUUAGAGUUGCGGACAAAGCAUUGAAUUUUAUUGGCAUAGUGAGACACCUUCCUCUGAGAUCUUCCUAAAUAAUUUUUUGUAAUGUAGUUUUAUAAAUUUUAACUGCUGCAGCAUUAUAAAUGAAUUUUCCUCAUA